AAUCAAGAGGGAUUAAUGUCCCACAACACAAACACUUUUAUCCUCCAGCCGCAACUGCAAUUAAUCUCCUCCUUUAAUUGGUUUAAACGAGGUCCACCUUUUGGGGCCCCGCCCGGCUCGGACGCUGACUCGCACCUCUGCGGUGGGCGUGUCCGCGGCUCUUUAGGACCCAGUGGCUGCGUAGCCCGACAGGCAGGCAGGCAGGCAGCGGCUUCUCGGAGAGAGAGGCAGACAAAGGCAGAGCGCAGAGACGGCGUGCCGCUAUCCUUCCUGCUGCAUCGACGCGCGCGCGCUCUCUCAUCCGCUCCCCCCCUCCCCCGCACCGCACCGCACCGCGCCUUCACCCCGCACGCAGCCGCGCAGACUCUGGCGUUGGUACUCACCGCCUCACAUCUGUCUCAACCAUCUCAGCUGUCUGUCAUCAUGGAGUUAGACUUUGGCCAUUUUGAUGAGAGGGACAAGGCCUCUCGUACACCCCGAGGCGGCCGGAUGAAUGGUCUUCCCAGUCCAACCCACAGCGCCCACUGCAGCUUUUACCGCACACGCACCCUGCAGGCUCUCACCAAUGAGAAGAAGGCCAAAAAGGUGCGCUUUUACCGCAACGGAGACCGCUACUUUAAGGGCAUUGUGUACGCUGUGGCCAGUGACCGGUUUCGCUCCUUUGACUCUCUCCUCGCCGACCUCACACGCUCACUCUCUGACCACAUCAAUUUGCCACAAGGCGUCCGGUUCAUCUUUAGCAUUGAUGGAACCCGCAAGAUCUCUACCCUGGAUGAGCUGGAGGAAGGGGAGAGCUAUGUUUGUGCUUCAGAGAACUUCUACAAGAAAGUCGAUUACACAAAGAAUGUCAACCCCAACUGGUCUGUGAAUGUGAAGGCCUCAGCGAGCCAGAAGAACAUGCAGUCUUUAGCAGCCAAGGCUGCCAACGAGCCCAGAGAAAACAAGGAGUUCGUACGGCCCAAGCUGGUCACGGUGAUGCGCAGCGGCGUCAAGCCGCGCAAAGCUGUCCGCGUCCUGCUCAACAAGAAGACGGCGCACUCCUUCGAGCAGGUGCUCACCGACAUCACAGAGGCCAUCAAGCUUGAAAGCGGUGUGGUCAAGAGGAUCUACACACUUGAUGGUAAACAGGUGACCUGCCUUCAGGAUUUCUUCGGGGAAGACGACGUCUUCAUUGCGUGUGGACCAGAAAAGUUCCGCUAUGCACAGGAUGACUUCUCUCUGGAUGAGAAUGAAUGCCGGGUGAUGAAGGCGCCCAAAACCCCACGUGGUUCAGUGAAGAGUCCUGGUCACAUCAAACGCAGCAAGUCGCCCACUGAAUCCACCAAUGGGACCGGCUCCAGCAGCCAGAUCUCCACUCCAAUGUCCAAGAACUCCCCCACAUCCACCCCAACUAGUCCAGGCCUGAACAACAAGCAGAAGGAUCUCUACCUGCCCUUAUCCCUGGAGGAUGACGAUUCCCUCGGUGAAUCCAUGUAGACUCUUCUACUGCAGCAGCCCACGUUUGGCCAGAAAUACUGAUUUUUUUUUUUCCUCUGCUGCUUUCCACCUUCCCUCACAGUGCCACCAUUGAGGAGAACCACUCUCUCUUUUUUAAGGCCUUAGACAACAUUCACUGCUCUGCCAAAACACAACUUUUAAAUCAGUUUUGAUCGAAUUAAAAUCAUUCAAUUCCUAGAAAGGUUCAAACAACUUUUUCUUCCUAAUGCCACUGAAUUCAGUCACAGAUUUCACUCCAAGUGCCCACUUUGUUUAAAAACUUUGUAUUCAUAAAGCACACCAAAUUUAGAUUUUCACUCCAAAUUUCAAGCAGUACAUUUUUUUACAACAUAUUUGUGAUAUUCCUCAUGUACCUGUCCUCCUCUGCCCGUAACGGUGUGAAUGGUAACGAUGACUUUGUCAGAGGAAGUCUUUUUUUUAAUUUUUUUUAUUUUAUUCUCCUAAAGUCGUUCUAACUUGCUGUAAAUACGAUGUAUAGCCAUCCUAACAUGCUAGCUCCGUGUUCAUUGCUGUGCUUCCAUAAUGUCAGAACAUUUGCUCAACACACCAGAUCAAAGGGAGGAAAAACCAGCAAGAAGCUUGACGGUAAGAGUAGAAGGCAAAAACGGAGACCAAAAUUAGGUAUGCCUGCAAGUCAGUAUGUUGGGAAAAAUAACUCUUUUCAAAAUAAAUGUUUGCUGGUAUUUCCUCUACUUUGACCCUCUAUAGACCAUAGGCUACAUGUGCUACCAAACCGUCAUAAACUAUUGUGCAUGGAUAGUUGAUGAAUGAAACUUGUCUUGUUAAAAGCAUUUUUGAAGGACCUAGAAGUGCAUAAAAAACAACCAAAGGUGAAAAAAAGAAAAAUAGGCCCUUUAAAAAUACACCUUUUUAUCACAGUUUUGAUACUUAAAAGAAUCCCAUUCCGUCCUUUUAUCCCCACUUCCCUUAUGUUCUCCUUCAUGCUCAUUUUUUGCUACUUGCAGUGAGAUUUUUAUACAUGAGAGUUGAGUCUCAAAGCCAAAGUAUGUUUUUUGACUAGGGGAAAAGGGAGGAAAUAUGCGACAUUGGAUAUUUUUUCAGGAGGUGCACAAGGAGAAUGAAGCAUGCCAUAUUUAAAAGUCAAGAUAAUGUUGAAUCAUCUUUACACAGUCUCAUAGUUGGGUCUCUCUUUUGUAUGACUUGGCAUAGAUCUGCUGGGGAUAAAGAUGGCUUCUGUCUAAACCAGUGAGGGUUUUAAAUUUUAUAAAGUUUAAUAUAUCAGGGUUAGUUCACAUAGUUUGUAUUUUUUCCACUUUUAUCUUCACUAACCAUCUACUCACCAGCAUUUCAAAAUGUGGCCACAGUUACAGUUGGCUGAAAAACGCUGCUCCUUCAAAUUAAAAGCUAUGCAUUUGGGUUCAAGAAUGGAUUGGUUUUUCUUUUGGUUUAGAAAUGCCCAUUUUUAUUCCAGGGGUGUGAGUUUUCAGAAAGGGGGAACAAUGAAAUGUCUCUUGUGAUCAAAAAUGUGUGUUUCUGGAAUGAUCAGGUGUGCGCCUUUUUUUUUAAUUUUUUUGGUCAACUGCAUAUGGUAAUCCAAACCUUUUUGGUGCUGUGAACUCUGGUGCUGUCUCUAUCCUGCAGGGAGCGCUAUUAUACCAGCAGAACAGCUUCUGUCAGCAGCAGGGUCGCCUCUCUUCACUCACCACUCUGUACAGAAAUGUCACUACAGUCCAUUUCCUUCAAACUGUCAGUUGUGUAAACGCUCACAUACUAUUGUGCUAUUGUUUCCUUGACUCUUCUGCAGCUUCUUACAGCUCCACAGCAUAGAAAACAGAAAAAACGUUGGUUGUCUUGUGUAAAGCGGCUCCCACCUUGUAGGAUGGAUUGUGUGAUUCAUCGCCUUCAGUGGUGCCUUUUUUUUUUUUUUUUAAAGACUUCCGUCUUUUGAUAAAAUAAACCUACAUUGGACAUCAAAGGCUUGUUCUUUAAAAAUGCCUGUUUUUUAAUACCUUUUUUUUGAACGUCUAGAAUGAGGCCUCAUACUCGCUUCGUUUUGUAGAGACACGGGGAAACUUUGUCGUGGUGUAAAUAUGCUCCCCUCCUGUUCUUUCACCUUUUUAACUGAUUGACUUCAAUUUUUGCUUUCCUUAAAAUUGCGACUUUUUUAGUGGUAUUUUGCAAUGUCACAGUGGCUUGUUUCAGUGCUUCAAUGUAUUAACUGAAAUUGUUUUUUCAAAUAAAACUGCUGUAUUUCACCUG